UCACGGAAUGUCACGCUCAAUGGUGCUCAUUGAACAUUGAGGUACGAUACGGUAUAUGUUUCUUUCGAUGUUCCUUUCGGUGUUCUUGGUAUGAUGGGUGUCCAUGCUCAAACCGUCCAUUUCGAGACCCAUCGCUGGCCGACGCGCGGCGCCUUUCAGCCCAAGCGAUCGCAGAGCGUUUCAGCCGCAAAGACCCGUCGGCCCCAUGGACGUGGACUAUGACGAGGAGGUGGAGGACACUCGUCCCGCGGGGCGACGCAUGAAGGGCCGCGGAGGUGAGGAUGAUGAUCGUUAUGCGGGCAAAGCAGGGAAGUUCGAGCGCUUGGACGAUGAUGACGAUGAGACCGCGGGAUUGAACCAAAAGAUGUGGGAGGAUGACAUCUUCGAAGCCUUCUCCGAGUACGGCGACAUCAAAAACCUCCAUUUGAACCUAGAUCGCCGUACGGGCUUCGUGAAGGGCUAUGCCUUCAUCGAGUAUGAGAAUAAGCAGGAGGCUGAUCUCGCUGUGAAGUCGAUGGAUGGCAACACCCUGCUGGAUCACAAGCUGGAGGUGAGUUGGGCCUUCGCCAAGCCUGGCAGCAAGAAGAAGGGCCGCAGGUGA